AUUCUUCCCCGAUUCUCCCAGUUGCGAGUUUCUCCCUCUCCCCACGGAAAAGAAAGCCGAAAAUGUGCGACGAAGACGUGGCAGCACUCGUUGUGGACAAUGGGUCCGGAAUGUGCAAGGCGGGCUUCGCCGGGGACGAUGCGCCCCGGGCCGUCUUCCCCUCCAUCGUCGGCCGGCCCCGUUAUCAGGGAAUCAUGGUGGGAAUGGGUCAGAAGGACUCAUACGUCGGGGACGAAGCCCAGAGCAAGCGAGGUAUCCUCACGGUGAAGUACCCGAUCGAACACGGCAUCGUCACCAACUGGGACGACAUGGAGAAGAUCUGGCACCACACCUUCUACAACGAGCUCCGGGUGGCCCCCGAGGAGCACCCCGUCCUGCUGACCGAGGCACCCCUUAACCCCAAGGCGAACCGAGAGAAGAUGACCCAGAUCAUGUUCGAGACGUUCAACACCCCAGCCAUGUACGUGGCGAUCCAAGCCGUGCUUUCGCUGUACGCAUCCGGUCGAACGACCGGUAUCGUGCUGGACAGCGGUGACGGUGUGAGCCACACGGUGCCCAUCUACGAGGGGUAUGCCCUGCCCCAUGCCAUCCUUCGUUUGGAUCUGGCCGGGCGGGACCUCACCGAUUACCUCAUGAAGAUCCUCACGGAGAGAGGCUAUUCCUUCACGACCACAGCCGAGAGAGAAAUCGUGAGAGACAUCAAGGAGAAGCUCUGCUACGUCGCCCUGGACUUCGAGCAGGAAAUGGCCACGGCAGCGAGCAGCAGCUCCCUCGAGAAGUCCUACGAGCUCCCCGACGGCCAGGUGAUCACGAUCGGCAACGAGCGAUUCCGCUGCCCGGAGGCCCUGUUCCAGCCGAGCUUCCUCGGCAUGGAGUCCUGCGGCAUCCACGAGACGACGUACAACUCCAUCAUGAAGUGCGACGUGGACAUCCGUAAGGAUCUGUACGCGAACACGGUGCUGUCCGGAGGCACCACGAUGUACCCGGGCAUCGCGGACCGCAUGCAGAAGGAGAUCACGGCCCUCGCUCCCUCCACGAUGAAGAUCAAGAUCAUCGCCCCGCCCGAGAGGAAGUAUUCCGUCUGGAUCGGUGGGUCCAUCCUGGCUUCCCUUUCGACCUUCCAGCAGAUGUGGAUCUCCAAGCAGGAGUACGACGAGUCCGGCCCCAGCAUCGUGCACAGGAAAUGCUUUUAAUUGCUUCCCGUUUUUCUUCCGUCCCACCACCGGCGUCUUGUUUUUCUCUCUAUCUCUCUCUUUGCGUUUUUACAUUCCUUUCUCUUUCGCCUGUGCAUUCCAGACGUUCGCUUGGUAAUUCCUGUUCAGUCCAUUCCUCGCCAUCAGGUUUCCAGCCGUGAGAUGAAUGAUGAAUAUUUUUGCAUGGCCAUUUCAUUCAGUAUAUUUAUAAAUUAUUGUUUCGAAAGAAGAGCGCCUUAGGUUAGCUUUUUCUGCCAAUAAAAGUGAAAAUCCGGAGCGUG